AUGUCCACCCGCAAGAGAAAGCAAGAGGCCGAGGAGGAGGAAGAGCUUCAGGCUCUGCCCAGCGACGAGUCUGACGAGGAAGAGGAAUAUGAAGAGUCGGAAGCUGGCUCCGCCUUUGACGACGAGGAUGCCUCUGACGAAGAAGCUCCCCCGCCGAAGAAGAAGGCGCGCCAGACUCGCAAGAAGGACGACGACGAAGAGGAAGAUGAUGAAGAAGAGCCUGAGCCGGAAGACGAGGAUGAGGAAGCUGCGGUUGAACCUGGCGAUGAUGACGAUGGCGAUGAGGAUGCCGAUGUCAAGAAGCCUGCUGGCGCUGAGAAAGACCGCAAAGUCAAGCCUACAGACCUAGAGGACAAGGACGCUGUGCCCGUAGUCGCCGAUGAGGACGACGACGAGGAGUAA